AUGCUUCCUGCCCAUCUUUCGUCGCGGAUCCUCUGUACGGCAUCUUUAGGACGCCAUAGCUACAUUGAGAUAUCAAACUAUAUACGAGGAAUUCGAAUCGCAUAUCCUCGAAGCCCAGGGUGUGUUGCUGGACAUGUCCGAAGUUUUCAUUUCACACACCUGUCGCGGCAGCUAGAAUCUCCUGUUCCUGCUCCAUCUCACCCGUAUCUCAACGAGUACAAACAAUCUAUCAGAUUCCCCACCGCCACAGUCGACAUUAAAUCGCUGAUAGAUCAACCCGUUUUGGGGAAGCAUGUCGUGCUUCAUGGCUAUCUAGGAAAACGUGUCGAUAUGGGAAAGAAGAUGGCUUUUGUUCGCCUAACAGAUCCGACCUUGUCACACAAUGUUCAGGUCAUAGCUUUUGCGAAAAAUAUAUCCUUUGAGAAGCUGAAAUCCAUCGAAGCAAACAGUCCUGUUGUUGUGCAAGGAAUCGUACAACAGAAACAAGCUAGCUCGAAGGAAAAAGCAGCUGGAGAGCGGGACAAUUCAAACGUUGAUAGUAUAGAGAUAGCUCUCGAAGAUAUAUACUGUCUUAAUGAGUUUCCUAAAGACAUUAUCAUGACCUCUGAAACAGUUUUCCCGGCGGAAAAGAGACAUUUGCAGAUUCGAGCAGACAGCAAUCUUCGUGGCGCACUGCAAUUCCGUGCGAGAGCUAGAAAUGUUCUACGUGAAACAUUAGAGGACUUCCAGCCACCCUUCCUAGAAAUUGAAACGCCUCUUCUCUUCAAAUCUACCCCUGAAGGUGCAAGGGAGUUUUUAGUUCCCACUAGAAGACGUGGGCUCGCAUACGCACUCCCACAGAGCCCGCAACAAUACAAACAGAUACUCAUGGCUAGCGGUAUUCACAGGUACUACCAAUUUGCACGUUGUUUUAGAGAUGAGGAUUUAAGAGCGGAUAGACAGCCGGAAUUUACACAACUCGAUUUGGAAAUGUCAUUUGCAACUGGGGAAGAUGUAAUGAAAAUAAUUGAAGCUGCUAUGAAGAGGCUAUGGUCUACACUGAUGCCGGCACCGCUCACCCCUGAAAGCUUCCCUAGGACCACGUAUGAGAAUGCCAUGGCCAAAUACGGAUCAGACAAGCCAGACGUGCGAAUUGGUAUGGAGAUCAAGCGAAUAGAGCACAUGAUUCCCGUUGACCUCGUCAGUAAAAUAAGCCCAUUAAACAACCCCAUUGUCGAAGCCAUGAAACUGGAAGGAAAUGGAGAUUCAGAUGAAAUGCGCAAGUUCCUCUCCUCAUUCAUGGACUCCCCGACCUCAAGUUGGUUUCACAACAACCCUGAAGGUGGGCCUGGCGCCUUCGUUUACGACUCCAGAAAACCCCUCUCAGGACUCCAACCUUUUGGAUUCGAGGCAACAUGGGUUCUGGAGCAAGAACUGAACUUGAAAGAUGGAGAUCUGCUACUAAUACAGGCGCGCAAUAACGCUCCGUUCUCUGGAAGCUCGACUCCGCUGGGUAACCUCCGUCGAGAAAUCCAUAGAGCAGCCGUGGAAGCCAACUUCACACCCGCUCCUACGGGCUUCCACUUCCUCUGGGUCGCAGGUUUCCCCCUCUUCUCCCCCGUCAGCGACUCCGAGCCAGGCCAAGGAGGUGCGGCAGGAAUCACAUCCACGCACCACCCGUUUACAGCUCCACUUCACGAAUCAGAUAUCUCCCUUCUUCUGACGGAUCCGACAAAGGCUGUCGCGGAUCACUACGAUCUGGUCCUGAACGGGGUUGAACUGGGCGGUGGGAGUCGACGUAUCCAUUCAGCAGCCGUCCAGGAUUUUAUUCUGCGCGAUAUUCUCAAAAUGCCAGCUGAGAGGCUUGCUGACUUUGCGCACUUGCUUGAAGCACUAAGGGCCGGGUGUCCGCCGCAUGCUGGCAUUGCGCUGGGGUUUGACAGGCUGGUAGCGGUCAUGUUGGGUAGAGAGAGUGUAAGGGACGUCAUCGCUUUUCCGAAGUCUGGGAAGGGAGAGGAUUUGUUGGUGAAAUGUCCCAGUGAAAUGACGGAAGACUCCCUGCGGACUUAUCAUUUAUCACUAAGAGGCAAGGGGGAGUAG